UCUCUCUCUUCCUGUCUCUCUCAGUCGAUUUCUACUUUUUAUCAAUUCGCCCAAAUCAUAUUUUGAUGCCAAACAAGCCCAAUCCAUAAAAAUCCCAUUAAAUAAGGGUUUCUUCCGAAAUAUAUUAGAAAACAUAAUCUCAGAAGCUGCAGUAGCUCUUCUGAGAGAGAGAGAGAGAGAGAGAGAGAGAGAGAGAGAGAGAGAGAGAUGGGGAGAGGGAAAGUAGAACUGAAGAGGAUAGAGAACAAAAUAAAUAGGCAGGUGACGUUUGCGAAAAGGAGGAAUGGAUUACUGAAGAAGGCGUACGAGCUUUCCAUCCUCUGCGAUGCUGAAGUUGCACUCAUCAUCUUCUCUAAUAGGGGCAAGCUCUAUGAGUUCUGCAGCAGCUCUAGCAUGCUCAACACGCUCGAGAAGUACCAAAGAUGUAGUUACAAUGCAGUUGAAGCUAGUGCUUCCGCAGGGAAUACACAGGUAAACAGCUAUCAGGAUUAUCUAAGAUUGAAAGCCAGAGCCGAGGUUCUUCAACGUUCCCAGAGGAACCUUCUUGGCGAGGAUCUGGACCCACUAAGUACCAGAGAGCUUGACCAACUUGAGAAUCAAUUGGAGAUGUCCUUAAAGCGAAUCAGAUCCAAAAAGGCUCAGUUAAUGUUCGAUGAACUUUCCGAUCUUAGAAGAAAGGAACAAACGUUGCUAGAAGCCAAUGAAACCUUGAGAAGGAAGUUGGAAGAGAUUAAUGCAGAAAAUCCUCUUCAACUGUCAUGGAAGACUGGCACAGAAAAUGUGCCAUAUAAUCACCAACCUCCUCAUUCAGAGGGAUUCUUCCAAUUCUUGGACUGCGACCCGACCCUGCAGAUGGGAUAUCAUCCAGUCUCUGCAGAUCAAAUUAACAUUCCAACCCCAUUGCAUGAUGCCAAUGGUUACAUUCCUGGGUGGAUAUAAGUUUUGAACUACUAAGGAGUCUCAUUGCUUAUAGUUCUACCCAUCAGAUGCUUUUUUUUUUAAAUCUUGCUUAUCAUUUCCUAAUUUUGCAUAAUGUAUCUAUUGAUGAAAAAUAUAAAACAAUAAUAAGUGUUGUUAUUGGUAUUUGUAUUUAGUAAAUACAUUGAUUGGUAUUGACUUCUAAUAGGAAGAAAGAACUUGUGAUCAAUGUAAUCAUAAUAUUUUGGUUAUCGACUUAAGUAUGUACCAACUUUGACUAAUCCUCAGACGUAUGUGUGAAUAUAUAGGGAGUUUAAGUUCUUAAUGCAAUAUCAUUUGGUUCCCUUCA